AUGCCACCAAAAGCCGAUUGGGAUAAAUAUGUUGCUCCUGCAGAGGACGAGGAGAAACAACAAGAAAAGAUUGUGCCAUUAUCAGAAAGUGAUAUCCAAGUGUUGAAGACAUACGGAGCAGCACCAUAUGCCUCGACUAUAAAGCAAAUUGAAAAAGACUUGAAAGAUGUAGAAGAAAGAAUAAAGGAAAACAUUGGUAUAAAAGAAAGUGAUACUGGAUUAGCACCAACCCAUCUUUGGGAUGUAUUGGGAGACAAACAACGGAUGCAAGAGGAACAGUCCUUGCAAGUUGCCAGAUGUACAAAGAUUAUAGAACCGGUGCAGCAAGUGGUAACUACUCCAGGCUUGCAGAAUGCCGAUACCAGAUCGAAAUAUGUCAUAAAUAUUAAGCAAAUUGCCAAGUUUGUAGUUGGUUUGGGAGAAAGAGUAUCGCCUACAGAUAUUGAAGAGGGAAUGAGAGUUGGUGUUGAUAGACACAAGUACGAGAUUCAAUUGCCACUACCACCAAGGAUUGAUCCUUCAGUUACUAUGAUGACAGUUGAGGAAAAACCUGAUGUGACUUAUAGUGACGUUGGUGGAUGUAAGGAACAGAUUGAGAAAUUGAGAGAGGUUGUUGAGUUGCCAUUGUUGAGUCCUGAACGGUUUGUCAAGUUGGGAAUUGAUCCCCCAAAAGGUAUAUUACUAUAUGGACCACCAGGUACCGGUAAGACGUUGUGUGCAAGAGCUGUAGCGAACAGAACUGAUGCCACAUUUAUCAGAGUCAUUGGAUCAGAAUUGGUUCAAAAAUAUGUGGGUGAAGGUGCCAGAAUGGUGAGAGAAUUGUUUGAAAUGGCUAGAACUAAGAAGGCUUGUAUAAUAUUCUUUGACGAAGUUGACGCAAUUGGAGGUGCUAGAUUCGAUGAUGGUGCUGGUGGUGACAAUGAAGUGCAAAGAACUAUGUUGGAGUUGAUCACCCAAUUGGAUGGGUUUGACCCAAGAGGUAAUAUCAAGGUGAUGUUUGCCACUAAUAGACCUAAUACCUUGGAUCCUGCAUUGUUGAGACCAGGAAGAAUAGAUCGUAAGGUUGAAUUUUCGUUACCUGAUUUGGAAGGACGUGCCAACAUUUUCCGAAUCCAUUCGAAAACCAUGAGUUGUGAAAAGGAUAUCAGAUGGGAGCUAAUAUCAAGAUUAUGUCCUAAUGCUACUGGUGCUGAGUUGAGAUCUGUUUGUACAGAAGCGGGUAUGUUUGCCAUCAGAGCUAGAAGAAAAGUUGCCAACGAAAAAGAUUUCCUAAAGGCAGUUGACAAGGUUAUCAAGGGUAACUUAAAAUUCAGUUCAACAAGUGAGUAUAUGCAAUAUAACUAA